AUGGAAGACCACAGAGAAUACGGACCGACCAUGGUGGCGAAAAUGUGGAUAUAUGGCGAGAAAAUUUCAACCCUAGGCGAGGAGAGCACACCGGUGCUUGUCGGUAACUCUGUCCACAAUCAAAGAAUUGAGAGACACAAUCAAGCUCUUAAUGAACAAGUGAUUUCCGUCUUCAAAAAUGAGUUUUACCAGUUAGAGAGUGAAGGUAUCCUUGAUGUGAAUAACGAUUCAAAUAUAUUCUGCCUUCAUUACGUCUAUUUACCGAGAAUUAACCAGACAAUCUCUGAAUUUGUGUCAGCUCACAACAACCACAAAGUGUCAACCGAGAAAAAUAAUAUACCGCAGCAAUUAUUUUGGAGUAACCUUCAUUUGACAGAAAUGCAUCACGUGGCGCCGCCUGAACAUACCUACCAACCUAAUAUCGGUGAGCUCAUGGAAAAUGAUCUUCCGCACGCUACGGUCCCUGAAACCCCAAACCUGUUAAACGAAAAUGGUCUAAAUGAGCUCCAACAGCUAGUAAGCUCUUUAUCAGAUGCUGGAG